AUGGCAGCAGAUCCUCCUGUUUACGCGUUGGCGUUUCCUGAAUCUAUGGCCGAAUUAUACCGCAAUCACUAUUUAAGGUAUCCCCUUCUUCGACCGAAAGCUGUUACAAUCGAAGAUCUGAGACAUGUCAUGAUGACGUUACUGUUUAGAGGUUUCCAAGAUUUGCAGAAUAUCUUGAUUCGUGUUCGGGUAAAUAACAUUUACCUGAUAGGCUUUGAAUUUGAAGUAGACAACGAUGAGGAACAGCUGAGAUUGCGCUUCCAUGGGGAUGAGGGGUUAUUCCCUGGUGGGACAGAUCUCCCGUACAGCGGACAGUAUCCUCAACUCGAUAAGUUGGACUUAAGGAGUCGUAUGAUCAUAGGUAGAGAGGGUCUCCAAAAGGCUUUUCGGUUACUAGGCAUGGCAAGAACACUGCAAGAUCAUAACUAUUUGCAAGAUCAUAACUAUUACCGAAGGGAAUCAUUUAGAAGUGCAAUAUUGUCUGUGGUCUACCAUAUUUUCGAGGCCGCACGCUUUGUGGAAAUAGAGAGCUUUAUAGCUGAAAACUAUGAAACUGAAGCAGGAAUUACUCUAACUAAGCUGCAUGUAGGGCUUGUUAAUUGUUGGGUCAAAUAUAGUCGGGACAUUGUUUUGAACAUGGAAGGCAAAGGAGAAGCCAUGUUGAUACUGGCCUUGUGA